AUGGGGUGCAAGCACCAACUGGAGGCGGCGCUGCUGGGCCUGGGCCAGUUCCAGCACCAGCUGGAGGAGCUGCUGCAGUGGCUGUCGCGCACCUCGGAGCAGCUGCAGGGCCCGACGCUGCUGCGCCUCGACUUGCAGAGCUGCGAGAUAGAGCUGGCCAAGCACAAGGUGCUGAAGAACGACGUGAUGUCCCACGCGCGCACGGUGCAGUCGGUGAACGAGGCCGGGCAGGGCUUGCUGCUCUCCAGCCUGGGCGAGAGCGUGGAGGGGCUGCAGCGCAGCCUGCAGCAGCUCAACCAGCGCUGGGACGCGGUGCAGAGCGAGACCGAGAGCCGCCAGCUGGAGCUGGAGAACAACCUGAGCCAGGUGCAGGACAUCACCCUGGAGAUCACCGAGCUGCUGCAGUGGCUGGAGCAGGUGGAGCUGCAGCUCUUCUUCUCCAAGCCGGCCUGGGGCCACCCGGACACCACCAAAGAGGAGCUGGCCGCACACCUGGAGCUGUGCAAGGAGCUCGAGGCCAAGCAGCACACGUACACCGGGGCGCGCGAGCGGCUGCAGCGGCUGCUGGCCGCCUGCCGCGCCGCCCGGCCCUGCAGCACCGAGCACAGCCUGCGCAUCCUGGAGCAGAAGUGGGAGAGCGUCUACGCCGAGGCGCAGGAGAGGAAGGUUGCACGGGGGGGACCGGGGCRGCGGCAGCACCGGGCGGUGCCGUCAGCGCCCGCCUGUGCCCGCAGGAGCGCCUGGCCGAGGGGCUGA